UAGGCAUUUCAGCUUUAAAGAUACAGCAAUGUUUUGUGAGAGUGAGAGAAUCUUAGCUAAUCACUGAAAUAAUCAAAUAUAAGUAAGGUCGUAACUUGUGGUACCAGAAACACAGCAGCGGCGAGUGACAAGACGGACAUGCUACUGUUUUCUUCAAUAUUGGUGGUGCUAGUAUGCAGCACAGAACAAGUAAACAUCUCCAUUGGAUUGUUUCAUGAUGACGUCAUUUCAGAUUUGUUGUUAAACAGAACACUGCAGCAAACGAUUAACCAAUACAAUGUAAAAUUUGACGUCAGAAAAUUCAACACUUCAAGCAUGACAAGCAAAUCCAUCGAAAUCUUAAACAUAAAUGGUUUCGAAAGGAUGUCUUUCAUCAUUGAUACUGCAGUAACAUCAAAGGUACCCAAAGGGGCAGCAAGGAUUCUUCAUGUCCCAUUAAUAGAGACUGGAUCAUUGCUUCAUUUUAAAACCAUUCCCAACAGAGACGACUCUGUCAAUCGAAAUGAGCUUUCCAUGAUCCCAGAUGCUCACUAUCGAAGCACAGUGGCUGCUAAACUUCUACAUAUGCUAUCGUGGACACAUGUUGUCGUUGUCUUUCAGGUGAAACGUAUAAACGACCUGGAUCAUUUCAUUCGGUCUUUUGCCAAAGGAACCGUGCUGGCAAUUCUUCCUGUUGAAGAAACUGUGAAUGGCUCUAUCACACAUCAUUCAGUCGCUAGAAUCAAAUCACUGGCAACAGGCAAUUUCAGUGCAGUUCUUCUGAUCUACGAUGAAGCUGGCCUCCCGGAGCUUUUUCAAUUGAUUCGUUCGGAUGAUGUUGAUCUUUGCUCAGUGAGGAUAAACAUUCUGUUGCUAGAUCUGAUCUUUAGAGACAAACUGAAUGUCUGCAACCUGCACACUGUUGUUGGCCUUCAAGUUCAGAUGAAUGGAAGCUCUGAGGGAAGUACCCAUCAUCGGUCACAUCUAGAGGUUCUUGGUGCCGAUCCAACUCUUGGAAAUCUGCUUCUUUACGAUGCUUUGAACUUGGUUGCGAAUAUCACAAGCAAACUUGCCAGCUCAAAUCGUUGGUUGUCUUCUAGCAGAAAUGGGAAAGGCAUUAUUCAAUCCAUUCGAAUUGCGAACACUGCCAAUUUUACUGCAGCAUUGGAUCAGGGAACGUUUGACGGUGCAAGUGGUAAUAUAGAGUUUAAUGCAAAUGGAACACGUGUGAACAUGCCACUGAAUGUAGCCAAUAUUAAGGAGAACAAACUAUUGAAGAUAGGCACUGUAACAGAAAACACAGAUAUCAAACUAAAGAAAAACCCAAGCAUGAACAUUGAAUACCACUUAGAUAGCAUUCUUAUCAAUGAUCAUAUAAAAGUGGUCACUGUUGAGACAGAGCCUUUUACAUUCGUAACCAAGAACCCGAACGGCACGGUUAGUUACAGUGGUCUCUGCAUAGACAUUCUGGACAAAUUGGCACAGAUGAUGAAUUUCACUUACUCUAUCUACUUAGUAGAGGACGGUGAAUACGGUAGGAAAGACGGUGACAAAUGGACUGGCAUGAUAGGUGAUGUACUUUACAAGAAAGCUGACAUUGCAGUUGCGUCUUUAACAAUAACAUCCAUCCGAGAAGAAGCAAUAGAAUUUACGCGGCCGUUCAUGGAACUACAAAACGCAUAUUUGAGGAAACGGUCAACCACGGUGCAGUUCGACUAUCUACAGUUCCUAAAGCCAUUUACGACGAAUGUGUGGAUUUUAACUGUUAUUGUCGUUUUAAUCAGUAGCAUCGUCAUAUAUUUCGUUGAUUACAAUAGCCCUUUUGGGUGGAGGCAAUCUGAUUUAGUUUCAACAGGAAAGUAUGGUGAUGAAUUUAGCGCAGCCAAUAGUAUCUGGUUUUGUACUGCGUCGUGGCUGCUGCAAGGUGGAGAUAAUACUCCGAGAUCUUUGUCAGGUAAGAUUGACACCUCAAGCAAGGGUACAUUGACACUUCAUGUAAUACAGAGCGCUAUGAAGCGUUUAAUCGUAUGUCCAGUGCCACCAACAGGUUCUGGAGGCCCUGGGAAACCCGGAAGUGCGACCACACCCUUUGGGUUAGCUUUAAUUGGUUCAUUCAAUUUCAUGGCCACGUGUCCUUUCGAUUCUAGCCUCGGAAUUCAUUCAAAUCCUUGCUGCAGGAGACUUUUUGUUUUCGUGCUUUGGUUUGCAGUUCUCAUUGUCACUUCAACGUACACUGCCAAUAUGGCGGCUUACUUCACCUUCGCCAAAGCAAAAGCAGAAACUGGUGACUUAGAGGCGUUGCUGAAGGAGGGUGUUUCAUUCAUCAUAAAGCCGCACAUUGCAAUAGAUCAGUUUUUGAAAAGUUCAGAAUACAAAAUCUACCAACUGAUUACCCAGAAAAUACAACAAGAAAAAAGCUACGCAAACCGAUCCGUAGGCAUAGAAAUGUUGCAGAGGGAUUCAAAUGCAGUUAUGCUUUCAGAGGCGCCAUACGCAGAGUGGAGUGUAAACAAAGGAUUAUGUGACAUUCAAAUAGUGAAAGGAAUUCUCCCAUCACGCGGCUACGGUUUUCCUUUGCGAAAAGGAUCGCCACUUCAGCAGAAGCUUUCAAUAGGUAUUUCGUACCUGGAAGAGUCGCAGUUUAUGCAUGAAAGAAUAAAUUACUAUUGGAAAGAGCUGAGUGUAUGCAAGCCCUCCUCAGAAACCUGGUCCGAUGGGAGAAUCAGGCCUGAGCAACUUGUAGGUGUAUAUGCCUGCUUAUUGAUUGGAAUCACAAUUUCGUUUCUGCUUUUGUUUCUGGAAAAGUGGUGGAAGAAGAUUCCACUAAGAAAGAAACAAGAUGCAGACAAGUGA